AUGCCAUCAACUGGUAUCUGUGGUGGUAGUGGGGGUCUCCUUACAAUCUGGAAUACAAACAAGCUGAUUAGAGAUGAUGGAAGAAUGAGUAAGAAUAUUAUCUACAAUCUUUUUACUCAGAAUACUGAUGGUUUUAAAUGGGUGAUUUGUAACAUGUAUUCACCUUGUGAGUACAAUGAAAGGGCUUUGUUUUGGUCUGAUUUAGAUGAGGUUAGGCAUUGGUGGAGUGGUCCCAUUUGCUAUGCAGGAGAUGUUAAUGCAGUUAGAUGUGAUGAGGAGAGGAAUAGAGGAGAAGGUGAUAGCAGAAACAAGGAUUUUCUAAAUAACUUCAUUACUAGUCAUGAAUUGGUGGAUCUGCCAUUAUUGGGAGGUGUUUAUACUUGGUCUGAUAUGCAGGUAAACCCAUUAUUGUGCAGGUUGAAUAGAUUUUUGCUUAGUAUGGAUAUGGAUUUGAGGUUUCCAGCUGCAAUUCAGUUGGCUCUUACUAGGGUCACCUCAGAUCAUAAGCCUAUUAUGUUGAUGACUAAACCUGAUAUUAUGUGUAAACCAUACUUUAAGUUUGAAAACAGUUGGAUUUUGCAUAAGGAUUUUUUGAAGAAGGUGGAGGAAUGGUGGAGAAUAAUGCAUUUUCAAGAAAUUCCAAAUUUUGUGUUCUUUAAGAAACUACAAAAUUUGAAGAAUUGGAGUAGGGAGGAAUUUGGGGGUGUGAAGAGGGAGAAGGUUGUGUUAACUGAGAAGAUUGAUUGUUUAGAUCAGAUGGAGGAAUCUCAUGUUUUGUCUCAGGAUCAGUUUGAAGAGAGAAUCAAUUGUAUGUUGAGGUUGAAGAACAUAACAUUUUUGGAAGCAAGGAAGUGGCAUUCAGAAGCAAAGCAGAAUGAAUUUAGGUGGGGAGAUUGA